AUGCGUCGUUCGACCAUCGUCCCUUCUGCUCUUGGCACUCGUCCGUCUACCAACGGUCCAUCUACGAAUGAACUCAAGUCGCGAAACAUUUCACGACUUGCUGAACAACUUGCUCGCCUGGAAUCAAAUUUAUCUGAGCUCCAGAGCCAUGUUCGUGUUACUGCUAUCCAAGCCGAAGCAAUCCGCCGUCUUGGAGGACUGCAGGCCGCGCUGUUAAUGGCUUCCGGUCGAGUACUGAGCCAAGAUGUCCGUGAUGACUGA